GACCGAACGGGGAGUGACAGACGCCUGAACCAGACAGGGAUUUAAUCAAGGAAACUAACUGUGUAAAGAAAUUAAUUGUGUGCGCCUGUCUUCCUCUACGUUGGUGCUUUUGCGGACAGAUCCAUACAGGAAAUCAAUGAAGGAGAGAAGAUCUUGCCAAAAGCCAUCACUGAAAUCCGGGAUGGAUAGCUCACAGAGUGUGAAAUGCAAGAUAGUGGUCGUAGGGGAUAGCCAGUGUGGCAAGACGGCUCUACUUCACGUGUUCGCCAAGGACUGCUUUCCAGAGAACUAUGUCCCGACGGUGUUUGAGAAUUACACGGCCAGUUUUGAAAUCGACACGCAAAGGAUUGAACUGAGCCUGUGGGAUACUUCAGGUUCUCCGUACUAUGACAACGUGAGGCCUCUCUCGUACCCCGACUCCGACGCUGUCCUCAUCUGUUUCGAUAUCAGCAGACCAGAGACGCUGGACAGUGUGCUCAAAAAGUGGAAAGGAGAGAUCCAGGAGUUCUGCCCUAACACAAAGAUGCUCCUUGUGGGCUGCAAGUCGGACCUGCGGACGGACCUCACCACGCUCGUGGAGCUGUCCAAUCACAGGCAAACGCCAGUGUCAUAUGACCAGGGUUCCAACAUGGCCAAGCAGAUCUCGGCGCCCUACAUUGAGUGUUCCGCCCUGCAGUCGGAGAACAGCGUGCGGGACAUUUUCCACGUGGCCACCUUGGCCUGCGUCAACAAGAACAGCAAGAACGUCAAGCGGAACAAAUCCUCCCGGGCCACCAAGCGGAUUUCCCACAUGCCGAGCCGCCCGGAUCUCUCCGCCGUGAGCUCUGACCUCCGCAAAGACAAAGCCAAGAGCUGCUCGGUCAUGUGAGCGCCGUGCGACGGCGGCUCGCUUGGCCUGGACUCGGCCAGCGGCAGUGGCAGAGGGAAAGGGCUUUAACGCGCUGGAGAGGAGCGGAGUGGAUGUGGGGGAGGGGUGGGGGCAAGGUGGGGGGCGGUGGCGUAGCAUAGAAUGAGGCCCCUCUUCUCCUCCACUCAGAAGGCAGGUGGGAGCUGUUGCGUUUGCUUGUCAGCUAGCGCAGAGGGGUGGAGGAACCGUGUGCACUUUAGGACAAUUUUUUUUUGCUGAACUCUGAACUCCAGACAAUGGAGGAUUUGUAAUGACGCAACGCAACGUGCCCAGGUAGCAGGAGUGCAGAGUGCCAAGGGGGAAGAUGUACAGAGGAUAAAAAAGACAAAACAAAAUGAAAUGAACAGAUAAACAAAAGAUUUGUGAAACUCCACCCUUGCCUCUCUCCCCAAGUCCUCCUAACACUCGUGGAGGAGGUGGUCCUCUGCUGAGGUCAUGCAUGGGGGGUGACAGAGGGGCUACUCUCCUCCUGGAAGUGACCCAGUUUCCUGUCCGAGCUCUGGACAGGAAGUCCUGAAGGCCUCCUGUGGCCGCCUCGGGAAGUGAGGCGAGCAGGAGGGAAGGGGAUGAGGUGUUUCCAUGGAAACUCUACACUCUCUUUCUUUCGCCGCCUUCAGAUGAGUCCAAAAAAAACUUGGAGGAUAAAAGAAACAUCUGUCAUCAUCCCCAAUCCCUCCUCCUGCC